UAAAUAAUUGACUAUUUUGAUCAUAAACAAUAAUUGAUAAUUAUUAUUUGUCUAUUGUCAUUUGUUUUAAAGUUUGCGUUCAUGAAAUAUUGAAAAAUAUAUGAAAACGAAUAUUUAAUAAAAAAGUUAAUACGUUAAUAAGUUAAUAAAGUUCUAACUAGAAAGGAACAAAAAAAUAUUUAUGGACACUAAUAAUAUUUUACACAAAAGCAGUUUGAAUCAUUUAGCUCAGGAAUUUAUCCCUUCAGAAAAAAAGAACAACGAAGUGGAAAACUCCAUUGAAAUGAUGAACACAACACCAGAAAACGCAAAAGAAUUUACACUUUCAAUACCGAUAAAACAUAAAACUGAAAAUCACGUAAUAGAUGUCAACAUCAACCUUGAAAAUACCAAGUUAGAAAGGAAUAAGAAAAUAUUUAUGGACACUAAUAAUAUUUUACACAAAAGCAGUUUGAAUCAUCUAGCUCAGGAAUUUAUCCCUUCAGAAAAAAAGAACAACGAAGUGGAAAACUCCAUUGAGAUAAUGAACACAACACCAGAAAACGCAAAAGAAUUUACACUUUCAAUACCGAUAAAACAUAAAACUGAAAAUCACGUAAUGGAUGUCAACAUCAACCUUGAAAACGCAGAGUUAGAAAGGAACAAGAAAAUAUUUAUGGACACUAAUAAUAUUUUACACAAAAGCAGUUUGAAUCAUUUAGCUCAGGAAUUUAUCCCUUCAGAAAAAAAGAACAACGAAGUGGAAAACUCCAUUGAAAUGAUGAACACAACACCAGAAAACGCAAAGGAAUUUACACUUUCAAUACCGAUAAAACAUAAAACUGAAAAUCACGUAAUGGAUGUCAACAUCAACCUUGAAAACGCAGAGUUAGAAAGGAACAAGAAAAUAUUUAUGGACACUAAUAAUAUUUUACACAAAAGCAGUUUGAAUCAUUUAGCUCAGGAAUUUAUCCCUUCAGAAAAAAAGAACAACGAAGUGGAAAACUCCAUUGAAAUGAUGAACACAACACCAGAAAACGCAAAGGAAUUUACACUUCCAAUACCGAUAAAACAUAAAACUGAAAAUCACGUAAUGGAUGUCAACAUCAACCUUGAAAAUGUCUCAAAACAAUUUUUGGAAAAUUAUAUGGAACAAAUGGCGGCCUGGCAUCACAAAACUUAUAAAAGCCGAUUCCCCAUUGAUAUAAUUGCACCACAAAAUUAUAAAAUAAAACCUCUCGAAAAAAAAUUCACGCUUUUAAUACAGAUAAAACUGAAAACUGAAAAUCACAUAAUGGAUAUCAACAUCAAUUUUAAAAACGUAUCAAAACAAGUUUUGGAAAAUUAUAUGAGACAACAAAUGGUCUAUAAUCAAAACACUGUUAAAAACCGAUUACCACAAAAUAUUACACCACCAUACAAAGUUAUACUAAAACCUUUAACUGACAAAAUAACACCAUCACUACAAAUAAGCGAUGGAAAUAAGAAUCAUGUAGAAGACAUAAAUUGCAGUCCUGAGAACGAAUCAAAAGAAUUAAAUGAGAUGGAACAAAAUCCUUCUAAUCACAAUAUCGAAGAAAAUCCAUCUGAGAAAUAUUUUGCUCCACGACAUAAAGCCAAUUUUAUAAUUCACCUUAGUAGGUACUGCUUCAAAAAGAUGCGAAAGCUGUUUCACAACAUUACUCGGCUAUUUUGAGGCUGGAUUUUUUAUUACAUAAUUUUUAGAUAAUAGUUGCUGUUACUCAUACAUACAGACUUAACUAUAUAUUAUACAGGUAUAGCAGGGUUCUAUACCUACAACUUGCUCUUCGAGCCACAUUAUAUCAAUCUUAACUAAGUAUAAAGUUUCUUCUUUCGCAGCUUGCAUGGCCCGUUAAUCUGCUUAUUUUCUUGAAAUGACAAACCUGAUGAACUUGUCUACCGCAUCCACACUCUUUUUUUAUUUUUUUGUUAAACAAUUUUUAUGUUGUUUAUUUAAUUAUUAAAUUGUUAUAUUGCUACUCCAAAAUUUAAUUUUAAUUUUUAGAUAAUAGUUGCUUUUAAAUUUGAUAUUUAAUUGUUAAAUAGAUUUUAUGUUGCUUAUUUAAUUGUUGAUAUACCUGAACUAUUGUUCGUAAUCAGAUGAAGACUUUUAAAACACUCUGUAUGUAUAAUAACAUUUUAUUCAAAAUUCAAUACUCCUGACUUCACACAAAUACAGUUAUAACUGUUAUAAAUCAGCUCGUCAUAAUAGUAAUGUCACGCUCAUAAACAAGAUUCUUUCAAAAUUGAUGGAUUGUUUAAUAUAUGUGAUCAUUUCGAAUUAAUCGAAGAUUUUUAAAAGAUACAUGUUUACACGCUUGACUUUACUAUGAUCAUCGAAUGAUUUAAAACAGUUGUCACGAGGUUUGUAAUUGUAAUGAAUUUUGGAUUGAAAUUUGUUAUAAAAUAUUUAUGAUAUUAUUUGAAAGGUUAUAUUAAUAUUUUAUAACAAAUUCUAGUCCAAAAUUCGAAUUUCUAGCGUUACCGCAAAUUCUGUGAUAACCGUUUUAAGUCAGCUCGCCGUACAGUGACGGCACGCUCGUAAACAAGAUUCCAUCAAAAUUAUUCGGUAGCUUCGAAAUUUUUACACAUUUUUUUAACUAUUUUAUAACAAAUUUCAAUCCAAAAUUCAUUACAAACCCCGUGACAACUGUUUUAAAUCAUUCGAUGAUCAUAGUAAAGUCAAGCGUGUAAACAUGUAUCUUUUAAAAAUCUUCGAUUGAUUCGAAAUGAUCACAUAUAUUAAACAAUCCAUCAAUUUUAAAAGAAUCUUGUUUAUGAGCGUGACAUUACUAUUAUGACGAGCUGAUUUAUAACAGUUAUAACUGUAUUUGUGUGAAGUCAGGAGUAUUGAAUUUUGAAUAAAAUGUUAUUAUACAUACAGAGUGUUUUAAAAGUCUUCAUCCGAUUACGAACAAUAGUUCGGAAACGGUUUAUUGCAACAUUUAUAUCAACAAUUAAAUAAGCAACAUAAAAUCUAUUUAACAAUUAAAUAUCAGAUUUAAAAGCAACUAUUAUCUAAAAAUAAAAAUUUAAUUUUGGAGUAGUAAUAUAACAAUUUAAUAAUUAAAUAAACAACAUAAAAAUUGUUUAACAAAAAAAUAAAAAAAGAGUGUGGAUGCGGUAGACAAGUUCAUCAGGUUUGUCAUUUCAAGAAAAUAAGAAGAUUAACGGGCCAUGCAAGCUGCGAAAGAAGAAACUUUAUACUUAGUUAAGAUUGAUAUAAUGUGGCUCGAAGAGCAAGUUGUGGGUAUAGAGCCCUGCUAUAUCUGUAUAUAUAGUUAAGUCUGCAUGUAUGAGUUAGUGAGAGGGAGAUUGACCCUAUACUGCUCAAUAGUGAUGUAUAGUUUUUUUUUAAUAAAUGAUGGUUAGCAGGGGUAAGUAGCGUGACGCGCAAGCAAGCAGUUUACCCCUGUUGAUCGGUUCACAAAAAAAAAAGUGUGUACAAUUUGGUAAUUUACUGUUUAUUUUGAAGAUUUGCUUUUUCAAUAAAAUCGCUAGUGACUAAUUGUAAGUAUAUGUUAUGAGUUUAUGACCAAAAGAUUCUGAUAAAUGUUCUGGAAGUAUUGAAUUUAUUCUAAAUUCACUGUAUUUGCUACAUUCUGUCAUUACUUGUUUGGUGAUCAGUAGGGUGCAGCUAGCAUGUUUUCAUAUUAGGGGAAGGAGGUCGAUGGCCGUAUGUGUGCACAAUCUGGAGUCUUGUUAGAAAUU